AUGGUUGACGUCGGGUUGAUAGUCUACCUCACGGCGUGGUACCUCGGCAACUACUACUACAACAUCUUCAACAAGACCGCCGCCAAGGCCGGUGGUGGCUCCGAGUAUGCCAUGAUCAUGGCUUGGAUCCAGAUGGCGGUCGGCGCAGUCUACGCUCUCGCGCUGUGGAUCCUGCCAGAGGCCCGCAAGGCACCGGCGAUCACCUUCACGCAGGUGAUGAAGCUGGCUCCGGUCGGCUUCUUCACGGCGGCGGCGCACGCCGGCGCCGUCUUCUCGCUCUCCGCCGGCGCCGUCUCCUUCGCGCAGGUCAUCAAGGCCGCCGAGCCCGCCUUCGCCGCCGCGAUUGGCUAUGCGGUGUACGGCAGCUCGGUCUCACGCGCAAAGCUGCUGAUGCUCGUGCCAGUCAUCGGCGGGAUCUGCAUCGC